CCCCUCAACUCCGCCGCUUCCUCCUCCGUCACCUCCGCCCACCCAUCUCCCCCGCUUCACCUCACUGACAAUUCCGCCGCCGCCCCCAUCGGGGGCGCAACUCUUAAUCUUGACGACGUCAAGCAGCUCUACGCUACCGUCCCCACCGGAAAACUCCUUCGAUCAGCGGUCACCCUCCACGCGGCUGCGAUGGAGCCGCUGGUCGAUCUUGGUACGUGGGUCACGCGGUCAGGGCUCAUGGAAAUAGAGGUGUUUCGGAAAAUUUUUCUGGGAGUGGUGAGAAACACCUUCUUCAAGCAGUUCUGCGCCGGCGAGGACCAUCAGGAGGCCUGCCGGACGGCGGCCAAAAUCUGUAACUCCGGUCUGAGGGCCAUGUUGAAUUAUGGGUCGGAACAUGCAGUAGACAACGAAUCUUGUGAUAGGAACUUGGAAGGGUUUAUUCGGACGGUGGAGGAAGCUAGGUCGCUUCCCGAAUCCGCGGUAAGUUUUAUAGUCGUAAAAGUUACUGCAAUUUGCCCUCUCGGUCUGCUGCAGAGAGUAAGUGAUCUGCUAAGAUGGGAAUACAGGGAAAAAUCUUGCCACCUUCCAUGGAAGCUUAACACUCUCCCAGUCUUUUCCGACUCGAGCCCUCCUUGUCACGUGCAGAAAAAGCCAGACCCGUUAACCCCAGAAGAAGAGAAAGAGCUCCACUUAGCCCACCAAAGACUCCAAAAAAUUAGCCAAAAAUGCAUAGAAGCCAGUUUGCCUUUAGUAAUUGAUGCAGAGGAAAGCUGGAUUCAACCCGGCAUAGAUUACUUCACGUACUCCGCGGCUAUUGCCCAUAACAAGGACAACAACCCGAUCAUUUACGGGACAAUCCAAGCUUACUUGAAAGAUGCCAAAGACAGGUUGUUUCGGGUCAUGGAUGCCGCCGAGAAAAUUGGGGUGCCGAUGGGGAUUAAGCUGGUAAGAGGAGCUUGCUUAUCCAAGGAAAGACAAGUAGCUGCUUCUCUCGGGGUUGAGUCGCCAGUUCACAACACAAUCGACCAAACCCACAAUUGCUUCAACGACUGCGCUUCGUUCUUGCUCGAGAAGGUUGCAGAUGGCUUAGGGGCAGCAGUUCUUGCAACUCAUAACGUAGAAUCAGGGCGAAAGGCGGCAGCUCUGGCGCGGGGUUUGGGGAUAGGAAGCGAAAACCAAAAGCUCCAAUUUGCCCAACUCUAUGGAAUGGCUGAUGCACUUUCUUUUGCCUUGAGAAAUGGUGGAUUUCAAGUCAGCAAGUAUAUGCCAUUCGGACCAGUUGACCUAGUUAUCCCCUAUCUUCUCAGAAGAGCUGAGGAGAACAAA